GCGUCGGGGAAUCUUACACGGCUUGACCAACGUUUAAAAACGCUCUUUCCCCUUCAGGGGAGAAAUCACGCGCAAUUGGAUCCGGUUUCCAUACAUCCUGCGGUUCGCGCACCGCGGCGAUUGCAACACAAGCACCAACCCAGAAAGCAACAGAAUUGAAUCCAACAUGAGAUCACCGCACACACCUUCAGCGUCCGACGCUUCCCAGCCGCCGGUGCCCAUAUCCAUCACCAUUUGCGGCGACGGCGGCUGCGGCAAGUCGUCCAUCACGCUGCGGCUGGUCCGGUCGCAGUGGGUGAGCGAGUACGACCCGACCAUCGAGGACAGUUACAGCAUCACGCGCGAGAUUGACGGCGUCACCUACCACCUCAGCCUGACCGACACGGCCGGGCAGGAGGAGUACCGGGGCAUGUGGGCGGCGUCGAACCUGGGCGCCGACGCCUUUUUGCUCGUCUACGACAUCACGUCGCGCGACUCGCUCGACGCGCUGCAGUACUUCAACGACCUGAUCGACAUGGAGGCCGAGACGCGGCUCGACAACGCGGCGCGCGCCCGCAAGGCCGGCCUGACGAACCUCGCCCUCUCCCCGACCAUGCCCGACAGCAUGAUCGGCCGCCUGCCCAACGGCGGUGCGGGUUCGGGCGGCAAGAUGAUCCCGCCCAUCAAGAUCGUCGCGGGGAACAAGUGCGACCUGCAGGAGAGCCGCCAGGUGCCCGCCGCGGUGGGGCUCGACUGGGCCCGCAAGAGGGGGUGCGGCUUCAUGGAGACGAGCGCCCGCCUCGAGGUCAACAUUGAGGAGACGUUUGCCGUCAUUGUGCGCCGCGUCGUCGAGGCCCGCCGCCUGGCCGAGAUGGGCGUCGUCGAUGCCGAGUUGGGCAUGAACAGCCGCGGCAUGACAAAACCCCUCACGCCGCUGCCGCCCGGCGAGGACGAUGAGAAGGGCGAUGGCCGAGGGCCCGGCACGAGGGGACCCAAUAUCCGCGGCGACCGCGUAGGAAGGGGUGGCGGCGGAUUUUGGAGGAAGUUGAGGUGCUGGUAGCGGCAAGCCAAGACGCUGGGGGUUGCGGGGCUUGUUUGGCGGCUCAGAUAUCGCGAUUGGAGCGGGGAGUUAGGAGUAGUCCUUUACGGAGUACCUCUCGGCGCA